UCCUCCCUUCUUCCUCUCUCCUUUUCUCGCUGCCAAACAUGCCCUUGAUUCUGUUGUGCACUUGCCAGUACCAAUGUUUAAUAACCGUUUUGAACUGUGAGACAACUCUGCUGCCUCGCUGUGAUGUAUACACACACAGUCACACACAGAGAGAGAGAGAGAGGGCUUGGGUUUGUAGCCACGAAUCUCCGACAAAUUGGCGGGAGCUUAAGAGAGAGACUGAGCAGAGGGAUCCGAAUUUACAGGGCCUCUUGAACAAUUUCACUUCCACAAACCCCCAAACACAUCAUGAAGACGAUGAGAGAGAAACAAUACAACAACAGAAAAAGAAGAAGAAAGAGAAAGAAAUCGACGCACAUUUCCAUAGAAAACUCUCUUUUUGAUCACCUGAUUGAUCGACUUUCAAAUUUUCUCAUCCUUUCUCAAUUCCCAUUAAUUCCCGAGAAUCAAUCAGAAAAGAAAAUUCUCCAAUCCACUCGCCAUUUUUUUUCGGACAAAUGGUGAGGUACUUUUCUGAGAGAACAUGAUUUGCAUGGUCAAGACAGAGAGAGCGCCAAAUGCCCGAGAUUUGAAUCUAUGAGAAGAACUUACUUCAAAAUUAAUAGAGGAAUUCUUUGAGAGAGUGAGCUUUGGAUUGAAGCUUAAACAUGGGUACUCCGGUGAACAUUAUUGUAGGUUCUCAUGUCUGGAUUGAGGACCUAGAACUAGCUUGGAUUGAUGGACAGGUAGCAAAAGUUAAUGGGGCAGAAGCUGAGAUUCGGACUAGUAAUGGAAAGAUGGUUGUCGCAAAGUUGUCAAACUUAUAUCCCAAGGAUAUGGAAGCUCCAGCUGGUGGAGUUGAUGACAUGACAAAACUUUCUUAUUUGCAUGAGCCUGGUGUCCUGCAGAAUCUAAAAACUAGAUAUGAACUCAAUGAAAUCUAUACCUACACUGGAAAUAUUCUUAUAGCUAUCAAUCCAUUCCAAAGACUGCCUCAUAUUUAUGAUGCUCACAUGAUGCAACAAUACAAGGGAGCACCAUUUGGAGAACUAAGCCCUCAUGUUUUUGCAGUUGCUGACGUCGCUUUCAGGGCAAUGGUCAAUGAGGGGAAAAGCAAUUCAAUUUUGGUCAGUGGUGAAAGUGGAGCUGGUAAAACUGAGACCACAAAAAUGCUUAUGCGGUACCUUGCCUUUCUAGGUGGUCGGGCAGCUGCUACUGAAGGACGCACGGUUGAACAACAAGUUCUUGAAUCCAAUCCAGUUCUUGAAGCAUUUGGCAAUGCUAAAACAGUUAGAAAUAAUAAUUCCAGCCGUUUUGGUAAAUUUGUUGAGAUCCAGUUUGAUAAGCAUGGAAGAAUAUCAGGAGCAGCCAUCAGGACUUAUCUUUUAGAGAGAUCUCGUGUUUGCCAAAUUUCUGAUCCUGAGCGCAACUACCACUGCUUUUACCUUCUUUGUGCAGCACCACAGGAGGAAAUUGAGAAGUAUAAGCUGGGAAACACCAAGUCAUUCCACUACCUUAACCAGUCUAAAUGCCAUGAGCUGGUUGGAGUAAGUGAUGCCCAUGACUAUCUUGCUACGAGGAGAGCUAUGGAUGUUGUUGGGAUAAGUGAAAAUGAGCAGGAAGCAAUUUUCAGAGUUGUUGCUGCAAUUCUUCAUCUUGGCAAUAUAGAUUUUGCUAAGGGAAAGGAAAUUGAUUCAUCAGUUCCGAAGGAUGACCAGUCCAAAUUCCAUCUUAAAAUGACAGCUGAACUUCUUAUGUGUGAUCCUUUGGCCUUGGAAGAUGCAUUAUGUAAACGUGUGAUGGUCACUCCUGAAGAAGUUAUAAAGCGAAGUCUUGAUCCGCUUAGUGCAUUAGUUAGCAGGGAUGGUUUGGCGAAGACAAUAUAUUCUCGAUUAUUUGAUUGGUUGGUGGAUAAAAUUAAUAGCUCAAUUGGACAAGAUCCUAACUCAAGAAACCUGAUUGGGGUUCUUGACAUCUAUGGUUUUGAAAGCUUUAAGCAUAACAGUUUUGAACAGUUCUGUAUUAAUUUCACAAAUGAGAAGCUGCAGCAACAUUUUAACCAGCACGUCUUCAAAAUGGAACAAGAAGAAUACACAAAAGAGGAGAUUGAUUGGAGCUACAUUGAAUUUGUAGAUAAUCAAGAUGUCCUGGAUCUCAUUGAAAAGAAACCGGGUGGAAUCGUUGCUCUUCUUGAUGAGGCCUGUAUGUUUCCAAAGUCAACGCAUGAAACAUUUUCAAAUAAGCUUUAUCAGACAUUUAAAAACCACAAGCGCUUUGUCAAGCCAAAACUGUCUCGAACAGAUUUCACAAUUUCCCAUUAUGCUGGAGAGGUUCAAUAUCAAUCCGACCAAUUUUUAGACAAAAACAAAGACUAUGUGGUUGCUGAACAUCAGGACCUGUUGAUUGCUUCCAAAUGUUCUUUUGUAGCAGGUCUUUUCCCUCCAAUUUCUGAAGAGACUACCAAGUCUUCAAAGUUUUCUUCGAUUGGUUCUCGUUUUAAGUUACAACUACAACAAUUGAUGGAGACUUUAAAUGCUACAGAGCCUCACUAUAUCAGAUGUGUCAAGCCAAAUAAUGUUUUGAAACCUGCCAUUUUUGAGAAUACCAACAUCAUGCAACAGUUGCGUUGUGGUGGUGUUUUAGAGGCAAUCCGAAUCAGUUGUGCUGGAUAUCCUACUCGCCGUCCCUUUUUCGAAUUCAUAAAUAGAUUUGGACUCCUUGCCCCAGAGGUUUUGGAAGGGAACUACGAUGAAAAAAUUGCAUGCGGAAAGAUUCUGGAAAAGAAGGGGCUUAAAGGGUUCCAGAUUGGUAAAACAAAGGUUUUCCUAAGAGCUGGGCAGAUGGCUGAACUAGAUGCACGGAGAGCAGAGGUACUUAGUAAUGCAGCGAAAACUAUUCAACGGCGUAUACGAACUCAUGUUGCUCAUAAGCGAUUUAUAGCAUUGCGAAAGGCUGCCAUUUUUAUGCAGUCUUUGUGCAGAGGUAGACUGGCUUGCAAACUUUACGACAAUAUGAAAAGGGUGGCAUCUUCUGUCAAGAUUCAGAAGCACACACGUAGAUACCAAGCCAGAAAAGCAUAUAGCAAACUCUGGGUAUCUGCACUUGCUCUGCAAACAGGUUUACGCACAAUGGUUGCUCGUAAAGAAUUCAGAUUUAGGAAGCAAAGUAAAGCAGCAGUUAUUAUUCAGGCCCAGUGGCGUUGCCACAGAGCUUCUUCAUACUAUAAAAAGCUCAAGAGAGGAUCAAUAGUUACACAAUGCAGAUGGAGGGGAAUAGUUGCCCGGAGGGAGCUACGAAAGCUUAAAAUGGCUGCAAGGGAAACAGGUGCACUUAAAGAAGCAAAAGAUAAGCUUGAAAAAACAGUGGAGGAACUCACAUGGCGUUUACAAUUGGAAAAACGGUUAAGGACUGACUUGGAAGAAUCAAAAACACAAGAGAUGACAAAAUUGCAGAAUUCUUUGCAAACUAUGAAAAACAAAAUUGAUGAAACAAAUGCAAUGCUUGUCAAGGAAAAAGAGGCUGCAAGGAAGGCUAUUGAAGAAGCACCACCUGUUAUCAAGGAAACACCAGUUUAUGUUGAAGAUACCAAAAAAGUUGAAUCUCUAACAGCAGAUGUGGAGAGAUUAGAGGCCUUGUUGCAAUCAGAAAAGGAAAAAACCAAUGAUUUGGGGAAGAAAUACGCCAAAUCCCAAGAAUCUAGCGAAGAAAGAGGUAAAAAGUUGGAUGAAACCGAAAAAAGAGUUCGCCAACUCCAGGAAUCUCUGAGCAGGUUAGAAGAGAAGCUCACCAAUAUAGAGUCAGAGAAUAAGGUUCUCCGUCAACAGGCUGUGUCCAUGGCACCUAAUAAGUUCCUAUCAGGACGUUCUAAAUCAAUUAUGCAGAGGGGUGCUGAAAGUGGUCAUAUUUUCGGGGAUACAAAGAUGGCUUUGGAUCUACAAAGCCCUUCACUGAGCCAAAGGGAUCUUUCUGAAAUAGAGGAUAAACCGCAAAAAUCACUCAAUGAGAAACAGCAAGAGAAUCAGGAGUUGCUCAUUCGAUGUAUUGCGCAACAUCUAGGCUUUGCGGGGAACAGACCGAUUGCUGCCUGUAUAAUUUACAAGUGCCUUCUGCAAUGGAGAUCUUUCGAAGUUGAGCGAACAAGUGUAUUUGAUCGAAUCAUUCAGACCAUAGGCUACGCUAUUGAGACCCAGGAUAAUAAUGACAUAUUGGCCUAUUGGUUAUCCAAUGCAUCAACUCUUCUGCUGCUACUCCAGCGUACUCUAAAAGCAAGUGGUGCAGCUGGAAUGGCUCCUCAACGUCGUCGAUCAUCUGCUUCUCUUUUUGGGAGGAUGACGCAGAGUUUCCGUGGAACUCCGCAAGGAGUUAAUAUGUCCUUUGCAAAUGGCGGCUUGACUGGUGGAGUAGAAACUUUGCGGCAAGUUGAAGCCAAAUACCCAGCUUUGCUUUUCAAGCAGCAGCUUACAGCCUAUGUAGAAAAGAUUUAUGGAAUGAUUCGUGAUAAUCUUAAGAAAGAGAUUUCUCCAUUGCUUGGGUUGUGCAUCCAGGCUCCAAGAACUUCCAGAGCAAGUUUAGUUAAGGGUUCGUCACGUUCAGUUGUAAAUACAGCGGCCCAGCAAGCUUUGUUUGCUCAUUGGCAAGGAAUUGUUAAGAGCCUUGGAAAUUUCUUGAACAAUUUGAAAGCAAAUCAUGUGCCCCCAUUUUUAGUUCGUAAAGUUUUCACUCAAAUAUUUUCUUUCAUCAAUGUUCAACUAUUCAACAGCCUUCUAUUGAGGCGAGAAUGCUGUUCAUUUAGUAAUGGUGAAUAUGUUAAAGCAGGACUGGCUGAAUUGGAACAUUGGUGUUACAAGGCAACUGAUGAGUAUGCUGGUUCUGCUUGGGAUGAGCUCAAGCAUAUCAGACAGGCUAUUGGAUUUCUGGUUAUACAUCAGAAACCACAGAAAACACUGGAUGAAAUAAGCCAUGACUUGUGCCCGGUGCUUAGUAUACAGCAGUUGUAUCGGAUCAGUACAAUGUAUUGGGAUGACAAGUAUGGCACACAUAGUGUGUCCCCGGAUGUUAUAUCCAGCAUGAGGGUUUUGAUGACUGAAGAUUCAAAUAAUGCAGUUAGCAACUCCUUUCUGUUGGAUGAUGAUUCCAGCAUUCCAUUUUCAGUUGAUGACAUAUCAAAGUCAAUGGAACAAAUAGACAUCUCUGACAUUGAACCGCCACCUCUUAUUCGUGACAACUCAGGUUUUAGCUUCUUGUUGCCGCGCUCUGACUAAUUGCUCUAUUGCAUAAUAUUCUCUCUAGUUUUAGGUUCUACAGAUCAAUAGAUUUACAUUGAUUCCUCUUCACUUGUGUAUGUCCUCAUGGGCUUGUUCAUUGGCAUUCUUUCUGUAAUUCGGAAAAAGUUUUUGUUGAGAUUCCCAUUGUACAUAUAUUCAUGUGCCUCAAAAGAGAUGCUUUUGCUCCCUACCAAAAUGUAAUAUCAUUUUUUUUUCCCCUUUCUCGUGAAAGGGCAUAAAUGAAGAGCCUCCAGUGUUAAA